GCAAUCGCAAAAUUCAGCAGAGAGUUUUGCCUACUGCGAGGGUGUGUAUUACUUUUCGCGCACGGUGAAUUCACAAUCCCCCCGGCCAUUUCGUACCGUGUGUGUGCGUGUGUGUGUGUGCACGAUUUCGUGCCUGGAGCGAAAUUCUCGUUGCUGGAGCACCCUCGUCCGCCCGCCUGCCUCCCCCCACCAACUCCGUUCAACGCCCGUCAGCGCCGCACACACGCACGAACGGUUCCUGUGAGUGUGUCUGUUCCUGUCCUGUGGUACGAAAGGUACACCAUCAGCAGAACGGCAUAAAAAAGGGAUUCUCCACUGUGUGGAAGAAACAUUGGUCACAACACCACCUCCCUCCUUUCUCUCCCCUUCAAUUUUGGCAACCCACCCACACGGGGUGGUGCAGAGCAAAAAAGGAGAAGAAACCCCGUCGCAAAAGUGGUUAUCGAAAAGCGCCCAUAGGGCCCCUUGUAUUACCGUGUGCGUACGUGUGUGUGUGUGUGUGUGUGUGUGUUUUUGUGUGCCCGUGAGAAAGAGAGAGGUGCGUGCGUGCGUUCGUGCAAGCUAUUGCACGACAUUACAGGUGUGUCUGUCUCUGCUCUGGCUGCUGCAGCACCUUUGCCGUGUGUGUGUGUAUGUGUUUGUUUCGUGUGCGUAAUUUAUCACCCGUGUUACGAUGUGGGGUGGGCUGUUAAAGGGUGGAAUACAACUGGAAUCGCAGGAAAAGAACAACUUCAACCCCCUUGUCUGGGGCGGGAUGGGGGUGAAAAAGAAGGAUGGUGAGGGUGGGGUAGUGAUUUGCCCUCCGUGCAGCAGUAAAACCUCCAGCGCACCCGCAGCUCUAGCAAGCCCGUGAAAAUUCGUGCAAAGUGGAAGUAGGCGAGCAGGAAAAAACACACACACAGACCCACACACACGACCUUUUGGAACAAAAUAAAAUCAGCAGCAGUACAAAGAGAGAGAGAGAGAGAGCCAACACGCUAACGCGCUACAGAGUGAGAGAGAAAGAGCGUGUGUAUAUGAGAGGGCCCGCGCGCGCACUUGACCGUGAGAGGGAGAGAGCGCUGUCGCACGGACGUACAGAGAGAGAGAGAGAAAGAGCGAGAGAGCGAGCGCGCACAGUUUUGCUGUGCACGUACUAAAAUGCUGCUUGCGAGUGAGCAUGUGUGUGUGUGUGUGUGUGUAAGCAAAGGAGCGAGAGUAGUAGCAGCAGGCGCACACACGAUUAGUACUGGUAGUAGUAGUGCGCCAGUGCGCUUGGUGUAACUGUUGGUAGUGGUAACAGUGCUUACACCACACAGGGCAGAGAAAGAGAGCGAAUGUGUUGGUACUAAUUUCGAGGCAAAAAAGAAACAAAAAAAUCAACACUGAAAAGAAAAAUGUUAUUACGGCGGCGGUGGGUGUUGAGAUCGAACACACAGUAGUUGCAGUAGUUUAGCCAGGAGGGUGAUUGGUUAGGGAAAAAAUACCCCCCCCCCCCCUGCACCUCCUUGAACACAGAAGGAGAAUUUUAAGCUCCAGCUCCGGCACAGGCGUCUCCAAAGCAGGGUGUCACUGAGAGCGCAUUCAGUGUAUUCCGUGCGUGUGUUUGACUGUGUGUGUGUGUGUGAUGCACGACUUUUUCCAAUUCUUACACGCUUUGACCGUGAAAGUUUCGUUCGUGAACGUUUGCUGUACAGUAACGUGAAAACGGCCCCAAAGCACGACCGCGGCGGGGUUGAAGCUGGGCUGGAAAAAUACCCCCUCCCCCUCCCCCCGGUUACCGAGGAGUGUCCGCGGCUCGCGAAAUCAAUUUUGAUAGCUCUUGAUGUUCUUGUGCCUCUUCGCCCUCGGGUGGGGGAGGGAGGUUCGAACUCGCUCUCGCCCCGUGCCUGUUUUCGAUGCUCACGCGCUCUCUCUCUCUCUCUCUCUAUGUGUCGGGUGCUCUCCCAUGAAUCGCUCUCGCCCUGUUGGGUUGGGGUCCUUCGAUCGAACGGGUAAAGGUCGUCAUGGAUUUCACACAGCAAAGAAGCUUGCAGUGUGCAGUGCGUGCGUGCGUGUGUGUGUUUGUCUGUCCGACGUUCUGAUUCCUGCCUAGCCUCCUAGCGAGGAGAGUGUGUGUGUGUGUGUGUGCGUGCGAUCAAACAGUAGGCGAGGAGCGUGUGUGCAACACUACCAGAUAGGGAAAAAAGGAGAAGAAGAAACACACCCCAGCUCUACUCUUGCAGAAGGUGGGCGGCCCCCGGGGGAAGAGAGAGAGAGAGCGAAUCAAUAGCAACCGGUAGCUAGCUGCUGCUGUCAAACGCGAAGAAAAGCGGCCCUAAACGUGGUCAUCCUUGAUUUUUGCCUUUUAUUUUCGAUUGUGAGACAGUGUGUGAGUGUGUGUGUAGUGUCCUGUGUCCUGUGGCUUCUACCCUGGUAAACGGGGAGCAGGGCCACAAAUGUAACACUUCACUGCUUUGCAGCUUCUUCCUCUUGACGACGGGACACGGUACCGGGGCAACGAGCGCACCAAGCGCCCGAAGGAUUUCCUCCUGAAGACAUCUACUUUGGGAAGAAAACGGCCUCGCGCACCAUCGUCCCUGAUCGAUCCCCCAGAGUGUGUUUGUGUUGUGUUGCCUACUGUGUGAGGUUUGCUUUUUUACUAUUGUGUACCGAUUUAGUGCGUGUGUGUGUGUGGGUGGAAAGUGUAAUGUUGUAAUUUAAUAAUAAGAAAGAAAAAAAAGAUGACGUGCUGUUAACAGUGCAGUGUAAAAGUAAGCUUAAAGUGUGUGAAAAAUUAGCAAAAGAAGAAGAAGAAGAAGAAGAAGAAACACGUCCGUUUCCGUGUGUGCUGUCCCUACGAGCCUCUGCCGCGAUCGUCAGCCUGCAAUCCGGUUGAGAGAUAUACCUCACAAACAACGCAACAGCAAUUGGCCACCAUUGUGUAGUAAUUAACCAGGCAGGAAUAAUCCUCGAGUAACACAGUAACAGCAAAGCGCGGUCAACAACGCGUAUCCUGAGACGAGUAAAAGAAGAGUAUCAGGCGAGGAGACACCGGAGUCUGCGGCUGUCCGUAGUUGCUGCUCGAGUCCCAAACCUCUGGCAGUGUCCCGGAGGGUUACACCGAUCUUCACGAACAAGACACACGAAACAUGAGCGUGUAAAGCCGGAAAGUGCGAUUGGUAGUAUGCGGCACAUCGGAUAGAUAGCAAAACGCUAAAGGUGUGUUAAUAACUGAAACUUGCAGUAAGAAACGGAUUGAAGAAAUAGCCGAAACUUCAAUCAGAAAACGUUCUCAAUCCACACCCAACGAAGCGGUUGUAGCUGUCCAAAAGGGGGCUUUGCAAGACAGAUCCAUCAAACGGACAACAACACCAGAACCACCACCACCACACACGCACCAGCAGCAGCAGCACCAGCAGCGACGAAGACGGAGGGUUCUCGGGAAACAUCGCACCCCAUCUAGACGCUGGCUCGCAACGGUGAAGCGCGGGGGGCCGAGUCUCCCGAUACGUCACCGGAAGGCGGUGCCACCUGCUGGUGGGCGCCCUGGUCAGCGAUGGGUUGCUUCGGCUCAGCCGGAUCGAAACAGUCGGACUCGAACAGCUCCGAGGAUACCAAGAGCCAGAAACGGCGCAGCGAUGCGAUUACGCGGCAACUCCAGAAGGACAAACAGGUGUACAGAGCGACGCACAGACUGUUACUACUCGGGGCCGGUGAGUCCGGCAAGUCCACCAUCGUGAAACAGAUGAGAAUAUUGCACGUGAACGGGUUUUCCGACAGUGAGCGGAAGCAGAAGAUAGAGGACAUUAAGAAGAACAUUCGUGAUGCUAUCCUGACAAUUACCGGUGCAAUGAGCACACUGACGCCGCCUAUUCAGUUAGAGAAACCGGAAAAUCAGGCACGGGUAGACUACAUUCAGGAUUAUGCGUCAGGGCCUGAUUUCAAUUAUCCACCGGAAUUCUACGAGCACACCGAGGAGCUGUGGAAAGAUCGCGGUGUCCAGCAGACGUACGAGCGAUCGAACGAGUAUCAAUUAAUUGAUUGUGCUAAAUACUUUCUGGAUCGUGUUAGUGAAAUCAAGCAGCCUAACUAUACUCCAACCGAGCAGGAUAUCCUGAGAUGUCGUGUGCUAACCUCUGGCAUUUUCGAAACUAGGUUUCAGGUUGAUAAAGUGAAUUUCCACAUGUUCGACGUCGGAGGGCAGCGUGACGAGCGACGUAAGUGGAUCCAAUGCUUCAACGAUGUCACAGCAAUCAUCUUCGUGACGGCGUGCUCUAGUUAUAAUAUGGUCCUGCGCGAAGAUCCCACACAAAACCGGCUACGGGAGUCGCUGGAUCUGUUUAAAAGUAUUUGGAAUAAUCGAUGGUUACGGACUAUAUCCGUUAUAUUGUUUUUAAACAAGCAAGACUUACUGGCCGAAAAGAUAAAGGCAGGCAAGAGCAAGCUGUCCGAUUACUUUGGCGAGUUCAACCGUUACCAGACGCCAGCCGAUGCCGUGUGCGAAAUGGGCGAGGAUCCAGAAGUGAUUAGAGCAAAAUAUUUUAUAAGGGACGAGUUUUUGCGUAUAUCGACAGCGAGUGGCGAUGGCAAACACUACUGCUAUCCACACUUUACCUGCGCUGUAGAUACGGAAAACAUCAAGAGAGUUUUCAACGAUUGUCGGGACAUCAUUCAGCGGAUGCAUCUGCGACAAUAUGAGUUGUUAUAGAUAUACUUAAUGAUUUCGAUACAACAGCAACUUGGUCGUCUCAUUUUAGUUGUGUCUAUCGUGAAACAAAUAUCAAACCUAGCCAAACUAUACUAAUUUUAUAAUAAAACAAAUAUUUGAUUAGGAAUUAAUCAAAACAAAAAAAUGGAACAUGCAUAAGCACACAACAAACAAGUACACACACACACACACAUCCACACGAAUACACAUGCCUCUAACCAUCCCACACAGUACACACAUACACACCCUCCUCUAACCCUCCAUAGAGAGAUGCAUAAGAUCACCGAGAUCGCGCAACUACACCAAUGUUGCUCUGAACACGUGCGCGCAGUCACGCAAACGAACAACGUUUGGACGAACAAACGACGACACAGUGAGCCCCCCGCUGCUCGGAAAACAUACACCAACUGGUGACAUUUACUGGUCAACCGGGUCGUGUUGACCGGGGGGGGAGGCAAAAAGGAUCCCAAAAAACAUCCCCAUCGGAAAAUAAGAUUCGGCCAUGAUGGCAUCGUGUGCGGAGCCUGUGGACGAACACGCGUGUGCGUGGUGGUGCAAUCAAUAGUAGGCGCUGUUCGGGCACGCUCGAACAAAGGCAAACAUUUAAAAUCCACCUCCAAUCACACAUACACAGAGAGAAAGAGAGACAUUAGAAGCAACAAAGUAACAACUGCCGUCGAAUUGCGCAAAUUAGUCAAAAAUGAAGGAGCAAGAGCAGAACAAAACAAAGAUGUCACGUGUAUCUCGUUGCAAGGGUUGCAAGCAAGGCAGGAUAAGCAGCGCAAGUGGGGAAACAUUAUCCUCCCGCACCCUCUACCCACGAACUAAACCAAAUCUAAAAGUAGAAGUAAAAAGAAAAAGAGAAGAAGAAAGAAUAUAAGGUUUAGGGCUUGCACUCCUUGUAAACUAAUGGCUUGAUCGGGUGGGCGGGCGGAAACGGAUAAAACAGACGCGCGCAUAACCACAGCACAGUUUCUCAUGUUCUCGCUGAUCUGCUAAGUGUCUACCGAACACGGCCAGAGAUAAAUAGACAGAGAGAGAGAGAGAGAGAGAGAGAGAGAGAGAGAGAGAUAGGAAGGCCGAACAAAAAGAAGAGGGCUGCUAGGUAAGCCUUUUGUGCAAUAAAAUCGGUGGGUGUAGAAUUAGGUUUUAGUGGGAUAAAAGUAACUAUGAAACAAACAAAUCCCACCCCACACAAGUACACGUACACACACUCACUAUAAAGAGGCCAUCGCCGCCCGAUCAUCGUAACGUGGCGCGCUGUACAGAGAGGGUUAGCUGUUACCCUGGAGCGCUCCGGGUGCGUGUGCAAAUGUAAAUGUGCUGGCAAAAGGGUGGAGACGAUACACUACUUUCCUUCCGCCAAAGGGCGCCAUUCGUUACAGCAGCAGCAAAUGCUUUAGUAGAAGAAAUCGUUCCACAAACACACACACACAUCCAGCAUACAACAGUAAAAGCUCACUCGACACAAGCAAAACAGUGUAGGCAAAAAGGAGAUUCGUGACGCUGCUCCCUUCACAGCUUCCAGUUGGCUGCAGGAGAAAAGAGACAGAGAGAGAUAAUUGUAGUUGCAAAGAAUGAAAGCUUCAUUGUGCAGGCAAAUCAAGAUACAUAGAAACACACACACACGCAGACACUCAUACACAUAAAGUGCAACACUGUUCUGUGAACUGGGUAGCAACAUAGGACGAAAGAAGGGAAAAGAGAGAAAAGGGAUGUAGAUUUAGUAAUACUAUCGCAACGUAGCUGUUGGAAUUUCAGUAUUUCGCUCUCAUGUUUUAUAGUUGUUCGUUUUGUUUGUUUGUUUGUUUGUUUUAUUUUUUUUGUUUGCUAGUAAGCCCAGGCGCGCCCAUCGCACGCAUCUGUUGUGUGUAUCGUUGUGGUAAAAUGUUGUUAUGUUUUAAAUCUGGCCUGGUCCAACGCCGCUAAGCAAUGUUUAGUAUGAAAGGAAAAGAAAACAGAUUCGGUCCUACUCUCCCCUCACCCCCCCCCCUCUCCCCCCACAACACUUACACACACACACAUACAUAUACACACAUACAUAUACACAGUAAAACCAAUUAUGUAUUAACUCUAGAUCACCGCAUGCGCCGCCAUAAGACUCUACCUUCUAUUGUUUAUGUUUAAAAAGAGAGAAUAAGAGGGAGGGAGAGCAAAAAGCAGUAGGUCUCUCACAACCGCGUGAAAGCGUAAUGCGUGUAAUAUGCGAGCGAGACGAGCGCGAAGAAGGAAAGGACUCUGUUGUAGAAGGAAUUUGUUAUUUGUUUUCAUAGGUUUUGUUUUAGGUAAAGAGAAAGUUUUAGCUGCAAUGUUUUACUUCCCCUUCCUUUCCGUAGAGUAGCGCCGUGGUGUGUGUCUCUUUUGAUAUACACGUAUAUAAGUUACAGGGGUUGCUGUAGUUUUUUUUUUUUAAUCUGUUGACAGUCAAACUGCAGGGUUCGUCGAGAGAGAAAGGGUUGUAAAAAGGAAGAGUUAGUUGCUUGUUAUGUUAUGAUUAUUUUAUUUUGUUUCGUUAUUAGAAAAUACAUUUCUGUUUUGCUACUCUGUACAAAAAAAAAACAAACAAAAGAUUAUAACCAGAAAGAGAAGAGAGAAAAAACGCAAACAUGUAGAAGUACACACAAACAACAAACACAUGCAUACGAUCGCGAUCGCGAGGGGUGGGUGCGUUUUUUCGUCGUUUUUGUUUUAGUUGUCCACUACUACUACUACGUACGCUCGCUGUAAAUGUAGAUUUUUAAAACGUGUCUCACCAUAUAGAUGUGUGUGUUGUGUUGUGUGAUUACAACAGUAGCUGGAUCGGUGUGGCAGGAGCAGUAGUAGCAGCAGCAUUGCAUGCAUUGGGUGUACGUUGUGCAGAAGGGAAUCUAACUAGUGAAGAGGAUCGACGAGAGAGAGAGAGCGAGGGAGGGAUGUAAUGUGAGUGGCGUGGCUUUAGCAAAAUACGUAGAUAAAUGUAAUGAUGAGAUAAUGUUUGUGUGUGUGGGUGGGUGUGUGGGUGUUGUGAGAGAAUGUUGUGCAUGGAGGAAAAAAAGGAAGGAUGCGCACAGUGUGGCAAGAGGUGCGGACUAGUGAAAAUGUUAUUUUGAAACAGAAUAAAAUUCUCUUAGGUUAUUGCUGAAAGGUUUAUUUACCGUUCUGUAAAAAGUUGAAAGAUGAUGAAGAUGAGAUGAGACAGAAUCAAAGGAUAAGACUUUAGAUAAUCCAAUUCACAGUACGAAUCAUGAAACCAAGUCAGCUGGAGCCCAAGGAUCCCCUUCCUAUACACAGACACUUGUUUCCGUUUUUUAAUCACAAAAUGAGGUUUCCAUAUUCUCGUUUCUCAUUUCUUUUUUUCUACACACAGUUCUACACACGCACACAGAUCAUUGUGUUCUAUUUUUUGCUGUUUUUAUUUGUUGUUGUUUCAAAAUAUAUAUAUAUAUGUUAGAAUCUCGUAAGGGCAGCACGGGAAGUCGUAGGGUAGAGAGAGAGGCAAGCAAAUAAAUGGACCGCAACGGGAAAUAACGGCGAGGUAAAUAUUUAACAAAACAAUCCCUCCGAACUCCCGGACGGAAAGCGCCACGGGGGUCAGUGUCCUUGAAGGCAAACAGGAAACGGAAAAGCAAACACGGCGCACGGUGUGGAUCAGGGGUGUGGUGGGAGCAUCUUUGUGUACGUAUGUAAUGCGGGUAUCAUCAAAUGGUUCUGUGUAGGAUGUGUAAAACAAAAAAAACUGGCACCAACAGCAACAAAACCACUAGAAAGCGCAUCACAACUCAGUGUAACAUAACAAGAAGAAAAACAUCUUAAAAAAAAAAACACACACACACACACACACACACACACACACAUACGCAAACAAAUACACAAAACUUAUCCAAUCAGAAUCAGAUGGCAAUUUUGUAUAGCUUUAUCGAUGGAAUAGACGAAAACACACAAACACACACAAAGAAACAAACAAACAAACAAAAAGAAUAUUUGAACGGAAAUGAUAGUAACAAUGAAUGGUGUUUAUUAAUAGAUGUUAAAGUAGUCAACAUAAACAAAGAACAAGAAAGAGAGAGGGAGAGAGAAAAAACGUAACACGUAAUGGAAGAAACGUAACGCAAAUAAAUGGCGCAAAAAAACAAAAUCGCAACCAAAACAAAAUAAGGUGAAAUACGAACGAAAGAAGAAACGGUCGAGAAGCGGUGGCAAUAAUAACAACACAUGAUGGAAAUUACAUUCGCUAAUCCUUUUUCGUUGGCGCGACUUGGUCUUGGGUUUUAUUUUGCGAGCGACAUUGGCCCUACUACUACCAUCUUCAAGUGUAGGAGCAAUUUUUUUUAAACACAUGUUUUAAUUUUGUUUAGUUUUUCUUGCCUUUUUUGGUUUUAGCUGUCUCUAGUAGUGCGACUUGCGAUUGCUGUCGUACUCGAUUUCAGUUUGUACAUAUAGGGUUAUUCCUUUCUUAAAACCAUUAAGGCAUUAAGCUGUGUUUCCACCCACCCCACCCAAGGAUACACGGAAUGCACAUACACACACACAAACACACACACACAUAACAAAUACCUUAAAACUGCGUUUGCAUAUGCGAGUUGAGGGACGGGAUGUAAUGAACCGGAAAUGGGGAAAGAGCUUAAGUUUUUUUUGUUAUUAUGUUACAUUUAAUAUUAAGUUUUGAACAAACAAACAAACAAAAACCAGUAACGGCCAUCGCAAACUAGAUAAUAACCAAAUUAAUUAUUUAAUUAAAAAUCACUCACUAACACACUUACACACCAAUCUAGUUACCAGUUUCUUUCGUUGUAGAAGGGUCCCCCCUCCCCCACGCCAUGUCUUUGCGACUGCAUUUCCGCGUAUCUCCUGUGCCGUGUCAUGCAACAUGAAUGUAGGUGUGAACUGUGGGUGUGAAACAAACAGUAUAUGGCGAACUGUGCACAACACAACAGUGAUUGUUAUUUAUUUUAUUUUUAUUUUACCUACGCUCCCUCCUGAAUAGGAGGGGGAGGGGAGGAAACCACUAAAACCUACGAAAAAGAAGCAUAGGCAAUCUAAUGAGUAUACACACACACACGUUCACUCACAGAAAGACACACAUACACAAGCCAGCGAUCGCUCAGAUUUCCCAACAUACAAAAGGAAAACGGCGCCAGUGAAGGUAGUGAAGGAAGUUAAAGGGGAAAAUCGCUUGAGACCCGAUCGGUCCUGUGAAGGAUGCGAACAGGAAAUGGGGGCAGGCUAGAUAAAAAUGCAACGGGGAAAUCCAUUUACAUUGAAAAUAAUAAUAAAAAAAAGAAAGGUGUAGUAAAUCUGCAAACAAAAAGCAAAAAAUGAAAAUGUAUAUCGUUUACACAUACAUAUACAUACAUAUACAUAUAUACAACUUAUAUAUAUAUACCUAUAUAUAUACAUUUAGUGAGGGAGAAGAAG